AUGUUCGGUGUGCAACUUCUUUCUGGCCUAAGCAAUUUAAGCGCCGUGCCGCUGCCCAAGAUAGUAUUGUUCGUACUGAUGACCGGUCAGGCUCGUUCCAAACUCGCGACGUGCGGCCCCAAGUUCAACUGGGGCGCGUACGUUCCCCAACUGAGCCGAGCUCCGCUCAUAUCAGCUGCUGCCCUGUGGCGUGUCUCAUUGGUUACCGUUCUGUCGGGACCGCUAGCGGCUUCUCAGUCUGCCAAUGGGGAACGCGCCUUCCUCGAUCACAGCACCCAUGUGUCUGCAGAGCAGGCCGCCGAAUCAAUAGUUCCAGACUGGGCAAAUGUUGACGAGAAAGUUGUCGACCCUAGGAGACAGAAGAUCAUUGCCGCAGGAAUCCUGUGA